AUGAAGUUAGUUUUUGUGCUGGGCAUUUUUGCCCUCGUCGCUUUAACGAGCGCAAGGGAAAUUCGAGAGAAACGUGACGCUGAUCUCGAAACUGCGGCUACAGGACAUCAUCACGAAAAGGGUGGCGGUAAGGAACAUCACCACCAUCACCACCACCACCACGACGAGAAAGGCCAUAAGGAACAUAAGGGUCACCACCAUCAUGAACACGGCCAUAAGGGCCACCACGAUCACGCCGGACACAAAGGGCAUGACGACGACCACGGCGGACACAAGAAGCACCAUCACCACGAGGACGGCCACCACCACCACCACCACCACGGCGAGAAAGGUGAGAAAGGACACGGAUUCGAAGAAAAGGGCCACUACCACAAAGGUCAUUCCACUAAAGGGCAUCACGGUGUUCACAAAAUAGAUGAGUUCAAGAAGGACAAACACUUCCACGAUAAGCAUGGAGAGUCUGGCCAUCACGAAGGCCACGGAGGCCACCACGAAGAACAUGGCCACAAGAAGGGAGGCCACUUCCACCACGGCCACAAACAUGGCGGCCACCACGAACAUCACCAUGGCAAGAAGGGACACCACGAGAAGGGUGGGCAUCACCACAAACACGAAGGCCACCACGAUGAGGGCGGCCACCACGAACAUCAUCACCACCACAAGGGCCACGGAAAGAAAGAUGGCCAUGAGGAUCACAAACACUGGGGCUUCAAGAAGGGUCAUUAA